AUGAGCACAGGAUGCCCAUGCUCGGCGAGGUAUUUGGUUAUCUCUCGCAGAUCCGUAUCAUCAUUGCCACCUCGCGGAUACGCCGUGCCACGAUGCCCGAGAGCAUCUUCGAGAGCAUCGGUCCGAGCUGCAGUCCGACGCUGCAAAAGCUGAUCGCGGACGUGAAGCACCCGUCGUGGAGGGCCUUCCUCGGACGGCUGCCGAACCUGCGCACCCUGUUGCGCGUGCAGCGGGGGUUCUGCCCGCACGACCUGCCGCUUCUCCCGGACCUGCGCUUCACGGCCCUGGACAGCUGGCACGCCGAGUGCUCCCCCGACUGCGGCAAAAAUGCAGCGAUCCCGUUCCCGAAUCUCGAGCACGUUCUCCUUCGGUGGUACGAGGAAUCGCUACAGCGCCGGGAAGAGCGCCGCGCGUGCAUCUCGGGGUUCCUGUCCAAGCGGGCCCUGGCACUCACGACCGUGCAUCUGGAGACGCUGGUCAACGUCUCUGAGCCGAUGUUCAAGGUGCUCGCGGAAAACUGUCCCCGCCUUACUCAUAUCGUCUUUUACUAUCUUCCGCAUGAGACCUGGUCCGAGAGAAGUGCCCCGUAUCCCGAAGAGGAAGGCGAUGAAUCCGUUACCGAUGAUGGCGAAUCUGACUACCCUUCAGAUGGGGUUGACGACGAGGACGACGAGGACGACAAUGAAGUCAACGAAGACGACGGCGACGACGACAACGACAACGACAGCGACGGCGACGACAACGACGACAACGACGACGACAACGAAAACAACGACGACGACGACGACGACGACAACGACGACAACGACGACAACGACGACAACGACGACAGUGACAAUGACGACGGGAUUGUGUAUCAAGAGCAUGCGCAUGUGCAUAUGCAUGUACAUGAGCACGAGCAUGCGCAUGUGCAUAUGCACAUGCAUGAGCAUGAUAAUCCUGGUGACGAUGGGGAGGUUGAAUAUGACCCAGACACUCCCCCCAUUGUCCCAAAGUACAGAAACGGAUAUUUUCCUCUCAUCACGCAUCUGGCGCUUUUCCCUCGAGACGGGCAGGCAAUCGAUCCCCAUUCCGCUUCUGCCAUGUUCGUCUGGUUGGCGGCGCAGAUGCCCCCUUCUCUGCAGGUCGUGCGAUUCCUGAGUCGGAGGGUGGUGAGGGAUUUUCGCUGGCGGUUUCCGCAGGCACUGGCACUCGGGCUGGAGAUGCUCCCCGGUGUGCGAGUGGAGGAUCACGAGGGAAAUGAUAUGCGGGCCUAUACAGAGCCGGCAAUAUAACCAGGGACAGCAGGUGUACAUGUCACUUGAGGUCGACUCACGCAGGAUUCACGGAGGUAAUAUCAAACUAUUGCAAUCUUUACCGGUCAGCCCGCAUCGUAUCAGCAGAACUACAUUGCCUAUAGCUGCCUUGUCUUUGAGAUUUCACUUGGAACUCUUUAUUACCUAUAAUCAAAUCUGUCUUGUCAUAGAU